CGCUUCCUUUUAACGGCUCGUUCUGCUUUCCGUUCGCUCAGCGGCAAGUCGAGCUGCGUCCGCGCGUCUCCUCCAUCACAGUCCCUCCGCCACCCCCGAAAAAGAGCCAUGGCGACAUACAGACCCGACAUUAUGAAGAAAUACCUCGAGCUCGAACAGCCGGACGAUAUGGUCUUCUGCACAUACGUGUUCGUCGACGGCACUCUCGAGAAUGUGCGCGCCAAGACGCGGACCUUCGACUUCGAGCCGAAAACGCCGGAAGAUUGUCCACGCUGGACGUUCUGCGGCCUGGGCACGUACCAGUGGGGUGACGCCGGCGCAAAGUCCGAGAUGUACAUGGAGCCCGUAGCCCUUUUUCGAGACCCCUUUCUCAAGGGACGGAACAAACUGGUGCUGUGCCAGGUGUUAAAGUACGACGGAACGCCGCACGAGACGAACACUCGUCACUCGUGCGCCGAGGUGAUGACGAAAGCUGCCGGUGAGGCACCCUGGUUCGGCAUCGAGCAAGAGUACGUGCUUAGAGCAAAGGACGGCCUGCCACUGGGCUGGCCCAGAGACAGCCACUCAAUUAGGCCAAUGGGACCUUUCUUCUUCGGCGUCGGAGCGGAGAACACCGUCGGAAGGCAAAUUUCGGACGCCCACCUGAAAGCCUGCGCUUACGCCGGGGUCAAAAUCAGCGGCACCAACUCCGAGGUUGUACUUUCGCAGUGGGAGUAUCAAGUGGGUCCGCUGGAGGGUGUCGCGGCGGGCGAUCAUCUGUGGAUCUCGCGCUAUAUCCUGCAGCGGGUGGCAGAAGAGUUCGACGUGAUCAUCUCGUUCGACCCGAAGCCCUUCGAGAGCGACGCGCUCUGCGGCUCCGGCGGACACAUCAAUUUCAGCACCAAGGACAUGCGCAAGCCGGGAGGCCUCGAGUAA